CUCCUAUUACUCUAAGCUUAAGUAUAGAUUAAGAGAUUGGCUAGUUGGUCAAGAUGGAAAAGACGUAUUCUGUUUCGAAUAUCGCAGGAUACUCUGAUCAUUUACCUGUGGAGCGAGUUAGGCUUCCAUUGAAAUAUAUAGAGACCGAUGAAAAUCCAAACUUGAACGAACAAUUCGUUGCUAAAACUUCUAAUUCUGGUGAUAUUAUAGAGUUGAAUAAGAAUGGCUCGUAUUUCUUAGACUAUGUUUCUUACGAAGUCUUAAAUGAUUUGAAAACUAUCAGAUUUACCCCGGUAUUACUUCAACCAAAUAGAUUGAAUAUUAAAUUUAAACGCUUACAAGUUGAUUUACCUCAUUCAGUUGUAUCAAGUAGCAGGGUCAGCAUUCAAUUGGACACUUCUAAUCCAGAACCUACUUUAUUGGUUGAUUUGAUUGAUGAGAACUAUUUGUUUAUUACUUUCCAAUUAGAAUUAGAGGACUUUGUUAUUCAAGAUUCUUCGAGAUUGACUUUUGACAAUUUUGAUUCUUGGGGUCAUAUAUCUGUACCAUACUCUUUCGAAUUGAGAUCUUCUCCAUUUUUGGUCAAGGGUACCAGUCCUCAUAAUGUUUUUGUCUCUUUAAAAGAUGGGGGUCUUUUAUAUUUUAAUAGAAGAAGUCCAUUAGAUGCAUUUGAUGUUUACAAUUUCAAUAAUUCCAAUUACGUUUUACCAUUAAAUUUUGUUACUGGCCUUUUCUCAAGGUCAAGAAAAGAGGUGGUUUUGAAUGGUACUUCUUCAAACUCAAUCGUUGACUUGAUUGCUAUAGGCGAUGACAUUAUCGUCACUUUAUCGGUUACCAAGGUUUUAAAUAUCUGGAAUUUACGUACCAGAAAUCAAGUGGCUUCACCAAUUGAACUCACAAAAGAUAAAUCAAUUCCUUCUGUUUGGCUUACUUUUGUACCAAAUAAAUAUUUUCAAGUAAUUGAAGAUGAACAAACUGCAGAAAAAUAUUUAAUCGCAUACUAUACUGCUGAUUCUCGUAAUCAGGAUAAUGAAACAGGAUCUACUUUUAGUGUUUGGAAAAUCUCUCAAUAUAAAUCAAAUGCUCAAUUAACUCAAUUGGAUCACUUAACUUUCAGACCUGAACUUCCGGACUUAUUAAUUGACCCUGAUGUAACCCCUGAAAGUCAAAAAAAGAAAAAUUUCUCUUCUAUAUGGUUGAUUCAAGAUUAUCAAACACAGUUUUUCGGUGAUAGCAUAAGGUAUCAUAUCUUAUGGAAGUCGAAUACAUCCUCCAUUGUUGUUUCAUAUCUUUUGGACUUCAAUGAUGGCUCGAAAAGAUCUAUUAACUGGUCUCAUACUGAAUUAAAUACCUUAAGUGAAUUCUCACCUCAACACAACGUUGAUUACUAUGCAAACAAGAUUUUGAACCACGGUAUUUACGAUAAUUUAACUGUCACUACUGCCCUCAAUAUUUUUAGAAAGCAUGCAAAGUUAGACACCAUAAAAAAUUUCGAUCGUCAUUCUAUUCGUCAAGCUAUCUAUGACACUAUUCGUGAGACAUCAUUUUCUGAUCCCAAAACCUCUUGGUAUAAUUUGGAUUUGUUAUGUGAAGAAUUCAAAAAGUCAAGUCAUGAAGUUUUGGCCUUAUCCUUAACAAACAGAGCAUCCAUGCUCACAUUACAAGUUAAUGGGAUUGGAGUUAUUAGACCAUCACAUUACUAUGAAAGUUUUCCAUUUCAAAAAAUAUCUUCAAACGAAGGUCGUCUUGCGUCUUUGCUUAUAAGUUUAACCCAAAGAUUAUCCACUAAAACUUACAAUAAGCUUUAUCAAAACAUAUCAAACGUUAAUAAUUUGGGAUCUGCAGAAGCAACAGAACUAUACGAAACCUAUCUUCUCAACAAAAUUGGAGACUCAGACGCGCAAGCCAUAAUGCUUGAACUAGAGUCUAUUCCUAAUAUCCUUGAAAUCACUGAUUCUCUAAUUGAGCCAAUUCGUUCCGAUAUUAUUGAAGAAUCGUCUAACUCAUUAGAGCCAAUUGGAUUGUUUUCUAAGUUGAACACAAUGAUAACUUUUAAAAAUAUUAAGUUUCAACAUGAAACUCUUUUGUUGAAUUUACUCGUAUUAUUUUUGAUUUGUGAAGCUAAUGAACAGGUUUUGUUAUUAAUCAACAGAAUAAUUGAAAAGCUCAACACCUAUUCCUUGGUUGAUUUAGUUUUCAACACCUCAUUUUCAAGUAGUGAAUCUUCGAGUAGAAUAGAAUCAAAGAAUUUAAACAAUUUGGAAUAUUCUUUGUUUUGGAAUGGAGUGGCCAACAAAAAUAAUAUCAUCCAUAACUUCAUUCAAGACAAAAGCUUAAAUAAUGCUUAUGAUGGGUUAUAUAUGAGUAUAACAUCAAAUAAUUACAACAAUUUUAUUGUUGAUAUCAUUACCGAAUUAAUAAACCAUAAUGAAGGUUCUAUAAUUGAGGAAAAAAUUUUCAGCAAAUUAAAUGCUUCAAAGCCAAUCGAUAAAUUUUUGUUUGGCUUAAUUCACUUGAUUAAUAACAAGCCAAUUAAUUUUUUCGAGAUCUUUCAGGAUUAUUCUGUCUUUGAGAAGGUCAAUAAGCCUGCAAUUAAGGAAAAGUUGUUGAAAUCAUUAACUGAGAAUAAAAAUAUUCAAUCGUUUUUGAAUUCUAUUUUCAUUCAAGAAACAAAUCCGCUUAUCUUAAAAUAUAACUAUUUCCAUGCAUUAUCGGAAUUAUCAAAGAACCAAAUCUCAUACCAGUCCAAACGUAUAUCCAAUUUACAAAAACUCAAUAAUUCUGGGAUUGCUGCUAUAUCGAUAGCCAUUAUCACUUUGAAGACUGAAUCUGAUGGUAAUGAUGAAAAUUUGAUCAAAGCUAAACUUGAAGAGUUUUAUAUGAACAUUUUUGAGAUGUCCUUGGAAAUAUCGUCUUAUGAUUUGAUAUAUGACUCUUUGUUGAACUUAAAGCCAACAUUGACUACCAAAAUUUAUCGCUCAUUAUUUGCUAAAUUGAUCAAUAAUUUAAUUACAAACAAGAAUAUAUCGGUUAUUUUCCCUCCUAAUAAGAAUGACUUAUACAGAGAUAACUUCUUGCUAAUCGAUUCUGUGAUUUUAGAAGUUGCUAAUAGUGAACUCACUUUGUCAAAGUCCUUGAAAUGUUAUGAAUAUCUUUAUUCUUGGAGAUUAUUUGGUGCUUCGAAUGAUUUGGGUGCUAAAAACAUGGCUGACAAGAGAAGCGCCAUUGAAGCCUUAUACAUGUUUAUUACUAGAUUCAGAUUUGAGCAAUCCAACUUGCUUACGUUGAGCACAAGUGAGGAUAUCAAACAAUAUAACUUGAAGAUAUUAGAAGUCUAUAUAAUAAUUGUGAACUGUUUGAAGAGUUUUUCCAUAGAUGAAGACAAGUGGUUACUUAGUCAAAGUAAGAAUAAUCAAACAACAAUCACUACUCUUGACCAAAUUAAUAUUGAGUAUUAUGAAUGGUUAAAAUUGCUUGACCAUGACAUGAAUUCUUAAUGAAUCUGUUGGCUUGUACUAUAG